GUUCGAUUCCAGUUGGGAUCGAAGGUGUUCAACCAUAUUACGACGGUUAUUACUUUGUUCUUGUAAAGAAAAAUCCGCAUUUCUUACUUAAAACUUCUACAAGAUGUUCCCAAAGUUAUGAGAUUUUGUGUACUAGUUGA